AUGGCCACCGCGUCCCCCACGCCCAUGGGUGCCUACGGACGCAUGCGCGUGCAGUCCUCGACCCGCGUGCGCAGAGACUCGCCCAUGUCUGUGCUGGGCGAGUCGCAGGGCUUCUCCGCCAAUGCGCCCAUGAUGCAGAACAUCGACAUUGGCGACAGCUCCGACGACGAGAUCCCCCAGCCCAUGAAGCUCAGCGCCCUGACCACCGCCCUGCUGGCCCAGAACGACGUCAUGUCGCCCGAGAAGAGGAAGCCCAAGCUGAAGAUCUCGCGCUCCGGAUCCGCCUCCAACACGCCCGAGAGGGCCCAGCACGACUCGGUCACGCCUGCGCCGAGCCUGCGCAUCAAGCGCGUACCGCUGCGAGGCGCCCCCAUGCGCAGACUGCGACGCACCCCCCAAAGCGAACAAGACCAGCCGCCGUCGCAGGACCAGGAGAACCUCCCCGCCUCCGCCGUAAAACUGAACAUGGAGCACCCGAAUGCGCCCGACUCGGUGCUCAACAUGACAGACUCGGUCAUGAAAGUGAGGGACGAGCGCCACGACCACCCAGCACCACAGCACCAAUCACCACUCCAGAGACACCAAUCGCCAGCACAGAGACAGCAGCAAGAGAAGCCCAUACCACUACAGUCAAUCAGCGCCAACACACCACGGAGACCAGCACCCCCACCGCCGCCAAAGAUGUCAGUACUGGAGACGGCCACUGCCGCCGCCGGCGCAGCUACCGCCACCAAGCAAAGAGAACGCAAGAAGAGGAGCACAUUGUCCGUGAAUGGAAAGCACUACUCCCAGAUGGAUCGCAUAGGUCGUGGGGGAAGCUCGGCCGUAUAUCGUGUCAUGGCCGAGAAUUUCAAACUGUUGGCCCUGAAGCGGGUGAAGCUGGAAGACGCAGACGAGGCCGCAGUGCGAGGCUACAAGGGCGAGAUCGACCUGCUCCAGAAGCUGAAGAAUGUCGAACGCGUAGUCCGCCUAUACGACUGGGAGGUGGACGAGCAACGGCAAGUUCUCAGCGUCCUCAUGGAAAUUGGUGAAUCAGAUCUCGCCCGCAUCAUCCGGAUGAAGCUCGACCCUACCGACUCCUCCGCCCCUGGCCAGCUCGACCUCUCCUUCACACGCUUCUACUGGAAAGAAAUGCUCGAAUGCGUCGGCGCCGUUCACGCGCACGACAUUGUACACUCGGAUCUCAAACCCGCAAAUUUCCUCCUCGUUUCCGGCCGCCUCAAGCUCAUCGACUUCGGCAUCGCAAACGCCAUCGAGACAGACCACACUGUCAACGUGCACCGUGAUUCCCACAUCGGCACACCCAACUACAUGUCCCCGGAGAGCCUCGAGGACAGCGCGGGCGGUGCGCAGGGCCAACUGUCGAACGGCAAUGGGAGCAAAGACAUGGCGCUGGGCAAACCUUCGGACGUAUGGUCUUUGGGGUGUAUCCUGUACCAGAUGGUCUACGGGCGUCCGCCAUUCGCGCACAUUGCCAACCAAAUGGCACGCGUCCUCGCCAUCGUAAAUCGCCAGUACGAGAUCCAAUACCCGGACCUCGGCGUGGGCGACGUCCGCGUCCCGCCCGGCCUCAAGGCAACCCUCAAGCGCUGUCUCAACCGCGACGCGAAACGCCGGCCGACCGUCGCGCAGCUCCUCGAUGAGCGCGACGUCUUCCUGUUCCCGGACGGCGGCGAUGAUCUGCGCAUCCCGCAGGAGCUGUUGGGCCAGAUCAUCCAAAGAGUCGCCGAUCGCUUCAGGGACCCGAAUAAAGCAGCCCCCACCGACGACGAGAUCCGCCAGUAUCCCGCGAGUUUCUACGACAAGAUACGGCAGCUGCUGGAGAGCGAGUAG